CCGGUCGAGGCGCGCUUCCGGCUGAGGAAAACGCAGAUGAAGAAGGACACAGACCCUGAGCCGGUCGCACGAACGAUACGCAGAAGGCUGCAUUACGUCAUCGCAAUCAGCGUAUUCGCCAUAUGGCUGUGCCUCGCUGGUGGCUUGGCGAUCUGCUUCGAGAUGAGCAACGUCUGGAGACUACUGGAUCGAGAGAUCCACGAUUUCACGGUAGCGACCGACGAACUGUGGGCCGAACUGAUGACCAUGAGGUCGAAACGGCACAGCGUCGAGACAGAGAUGAUCGGUGCUACCUCACAGACCCUACUUCGUGCUGCCGAAGUUCACGCUCGUUUCAAACGUGCGGUCACAAGCGGUGAAGUAAUCCGUAACGGUCGCCCGCAGAAACGAAAAACAAUUAACCGUUCGUCUGACAGACGAGGUGUUUCGACCACAACUACCGAACCUGACGAGAGUGAUGCUCCAGCCAACCUCACGGAGGUCGCGACCACUUUCAAGACUCGACGAAGGAGUACAAAAUGGACACCCCGUCACGUGAUGCGAACGAGACCCAAUCGAAUGCACAGGCUAAACAGUGGCAGCAACGAUUUGGGCUCAAGGCUCCGAGCCGAAUACCGACCGAAAUUCGUCGAUCACCCUCAACCACAGACACGAAAGAAAUAUUGGGCAUGGCAUUCAGGAGACGAGACGUGCUGCCAAUGCAGGAGACCCGGCGAAGUCAUCAAGUGUCCGCAAGGAAUGCGUGGUCCCUAUGGUCGUCCCGGCACACCAGGAUCCGAAGGUCGUCCGGGAGCCCCGGGCGAUUCAGGAAUGCCAGGACUGAUGGGAGCACAAGGGAAAGCGGGCUUAAGAGGUGCCGCUGGAGACAGCGUUCAAGUAAUGAUCGGCAAAAAGGGUAAACCGGGUGUGAUAGGCCCACCUGGAAGUCCGGGUGACCACGGGCAUCGUGGUACAAACGGUCCUCCAGGACCAAAAGGAUUUCGAGGUAAUCCAGGACCAGCGUCGACAUACUGUCGCUGCCCCAAGGUACCGUUUCCCAUGCGUCCGAUGACGAAUGACGAAGACAGUGAAUAUGAAAAUGAAGAGAUCGAACAAACACACGCGCUGCUGCCCAUGUUUAACCUGAAUAGCCGAAUGGUCAUUCACAAACCCCCACACAAAGAAGACGAAUGA